CAGGGCGGAAGUGGCUGUGGCUUUGCCCUUUGGCCUUGGCUCGCUGUGUGGCGGCUCGGCGGUUAGCAGGGAGUUCGCUGAGCGUCUCUGCCUAGCCGCGGUCAUGAGCCGGCACAGCCGGCUGCAGCGGCAGGUUCUGAGCCUGUACCGCGAUCUGCUGCGUGCCGGACGCGGGAAACCGGGCGCCGAGGCGCGAGUGCGGGCCGAGUUCCGGCAGCACGCGGGCCUGCCGCGCUCCGACGUGCUGCGCAUCGAGUACCUGUACCGCCGCGGGCGGCGCCAGCUGCAGCUGCUACGCUCAGGCCACGCCACCGCCAUGGGCGCCUUCGUACGCCCGCGGGCCCCGACCGAGGAGCCUGGCGGCGUGGGUUCCCAGCCUGACGACGGCGACGGUCCAAGGAACCCCCACGACAGCACGGGGGCACCGGAGACCCGGCCCGACGGACGGUGACUGGCGAAGAGCCGAACUCGCUCGAUGGCGUGGUGGAGCCAGGAGGCUCGCCUGACUGCGUGGGGGGCCUGGGGAACCCGCCUAAGGUGAGAGAUCUCGAGAGACUAGCUCGACGAAUUGGGGAUGUCAGAGACUGCCCCUUGGCGACGCAGGGGGCCUAGAGAGCCUCAUGAUGGACGGCAAGAGAGGCCCACCUUUUCCGGUGCUUGGAGACAGGUCGGCGCUCCUCCCCCAUGAGG